AUGGAUCGUCGUUCGUUUUCGAGGGUCAUGGAAUCCAUAAGGCCGGAGCGGGGCGCGCGGCGUGGGGCGGAAGGGCAGCCAAUUUCCGAACAGCCUUAGGUACGCACACUUUGGAAAAUACCAUCCGACCUUGGCAACCCGGUUAUAUAAUGUGCGCCAGCUCUCCUCUCGCAUGAAUAAACUCUUUCUUCACACAAUCAGAAGCAAGUACGAAUCUGACAAACGACAAAAUGGGCGACAAAGUCAUCUUUUCGCGAGAGGCAGGCGGCCUCGUCCAGCCAUAUUCGCGCUCCGAGGGCGCGUGGCUCGUACCGCGUCGAGGAGGCGGCGGUGGCGGUGGACGAGGAGGUGGAGUGUCCAGCUCCGGCUCUUCUUCCAGUAGCAGCGGGGGCAGGACUGGCAGCAGCGGCUCCUCCUCUUCCAGUAGCGGGAAAACGGGCACUGGGACGGCCACCGGCGGCUCCAAGGGUUUCACGCCGGGCUCCGUCAGUGGCGGUUCGUCGCUGUACGGAACGAGAGGUGGCCGUGGCGUCUCCACACCUUACACUGUCACCAGCGGCGCCUUCACGGGCAGACAAGCCGGUGGCGGAGUGCGAUCUGGCGUCUACGGAGGUGGUGGCGGUUACGGGAGUGGCUAUACGAGCGGCUACACCUCUCGGGGCGCCCGCGCAGGACCCGUCGGUGGUCUUGGCUUCCCAUUCAUCUUCUGGCCAGUCGCAUUCGGAGGCUUCGGCUACGCAGGCUACUAUGGGUCGCGCGAGCUUGAUGAUCGGGCCUCGGAUCGGCCAGGUGGCAAUAUGACGCAGUACACGCUCACUCCGCCGUUUGACAAUGCGACGGGCAACAGCUUUGCGUUGUUUUCGGACCUCAACUCCGUCGAUGAUGUUUACCAGACACUGGUCGCUCAGUGCGGUGUCCGGCAACCACUGGCUGCCAACUUUACCCUCAAUCCCAACCAGACGGUGGCCUACUACCGCGGCUCCAGCUUUGCGCUCAUGCUCGAUGGCUACAACAAUGGCCAGCCCAACAUCACCAGCGACAACGGCAACAGCACAGAGGUUGACCAGCCACUAGCACCACUGCCUUCGGCCGUCAACCAGACCUACCUUGCUUGCCUCAAUAACACCAUCGUCGCACAAGUACCCCUCGUCGACGAAGCCACUUCGGACGCAGCCAUCGUUUUGUCUUCGCCCAUACAAUUUUUGCUCUUGCUUCCAGCUUUCCUCGUCGCCUGCCUUCUCACCCUUGUCUGAUCUUUCAGCUUCUCAGUCCUUUGCAAUACCACUUUCUCGUUGUCCCUCUGUCUUCCC